AUGGUGUUGUUUACAAAUUGGAUGUGCAAGAUUCAAAUACAUCAUUAUCCGUGUACGGAUUUUCAUGGCUUAAAUUUUGCACAGAGUGUUGAAGAAGCAGAGUGUGAAAGGGCAUAUGAGUCGGCUACUGAUCUCUAUGUGUCAAUCUUUGAUCGUACAAAGCCCACCCAAGUUGCAAUGAGAGAAACACAUGAAGAGGCUGUGCAAAAGGCGAUGUCCUUUUUUAAUGCCAUUGCAGUGGGAUUUGGUUCUGCUAGACAAAAAUACGAAAAAAAAAUUCAUAUGUUUUUGAAAAAGGCUUUUAAGGAUCAUAAAAAGAAAGACUUAUGUCUCACACCAAAUUGCCUUAGUUGA